AUGGCAACGACGACGACCAAGUCCUCCGUCGUGCCCGCCGAGGCUCCAUGCUCGCCUCGGCGGCCAAGUAAGCUCGUGCGCAGCUUCACCGAGCGUGCGUGGACCGGACUCCGCAUCGAGCCCAACGAGCAGAUGGCGCGUGCAGCGAAAAGCGUCCUCGGUAAGGACGAGAUCGAGAUCUUCCACUCGCCCAACACGGGUGCGUCGCCGUACAUGCUUCACCCCAACUCGGGCUUCCGGCGCGUCUGGGACGUCUGCGCCGCGUGCUCUGUCGUUUGCGUCUGCCUCCUCACGCCCAUGGAGCUCGGGUUUCAAUCCAUGGACUGGAGUCGACUCUCGGCCUUGGGAACGUUCUUCGACGUCUUCUUCGUCACAGAUAUGGUGCUCACCUUUCGGACGGGGUACCUUGUCUCGGGCGAGAUCGUCAUGAACCAGCGCCUCGUCAUGUGGCACUACGCCGAGUCGUGGCUCCUCGUCGACUGCAUCUCCAACUUUCCGUUCUACCUCUUCUACUCGCACGCGAACCAGUCGUCGGUCAAGUUUUUGAAGCUCCAGAAGAUUCCCAAGAUGCUGCGCUUCGCCCGCCUCCUCAAGUACAUGCGGCAGUACGCCAAGUACUACAACUUUGUAUUGGUCGUCGCCGCCAUCGUCAUGAGCCUCCACGUCCUCACGUGCUUGUGGGCGAGUCUCUUUGACCAGUGCAUCGAAAACGUCUUUGACGCAUCGACGAACCGAACGUACUGCGACGACAGCCAGAUGGAGCCCAUGUACCUCGAGUCGCUCCUCAACGUCCUCAUGCUCUACACGUCGCUUGGCGAGUACUCAACGUACGCGAGCAUCGGCAACCUCGCGAGCCCGGUCGCGCGCGCGUCCCCGACCGUCUACCUCCUCUCGAUCUGCAUCGUCGUCCUCGGGCUCGUGAGCAUUGCCAUCUUCUUGGCCAACAUCAUCUCGAUCUUCAUUAGUUGGGACCAGCAGAGCGCACUGUUUCGGAACCGCAUGGACAUUAUCAGUGCCGAAAUGAAGCACUACGAGAUCCCGCUCGAGCUCCAACGCCGCGUGAAGCGAAAUUACGACUACCUCUGGAUCAACCAACGCGCGUACUCGGAGAUGACGCUGCUCAACCAACGGGGCAUCUCCAAGAGCCUUCGGACGUCGAUCGCCCUCUUUCUGUACAAGGACCUCCUCGAGACGGUGCCGUUCUUUGCCGGCGAGAACGCCAAGCUGCUGGGCCGCAUCUGCCUCGUGCUCGAGACGGCCGUGUACCUCCCUGGCGAUCUCGUCAUCCAAGUCGACGACCUCGGGAAGGAGAUGUUUAUCGUGCGGCGCGGUGUCGUCGAGGUUGUGAUUGCGAAUCGGCCGGAGACGGCGCCACGUAUUUUGCUCAAGGAUGGCGCCUUCUUUGGGGAGACGGCGCUCGUCGUUGAAGUCCGUCGCACGACGUCCGUGCAGUCGGUGACCGUCACGGACCUCAACGUCCUCAACAAGCAGGCGUUUGACGAGAUUAUCGCGGAAUUUCCAGAUUUCCAGAAAUGA